ACAUAUUCGGUCGGUGGUGGCUCUGUGAUUGUAGCUGUGCCAGGAUCGUGUGUAGUAUAUUGACUGACGACGAAGACAUCAUGAAGUGAAAAUUUUUGUUCCACAGUGUCCGAGUCGCAGCGAACAACAAGCUGGAAAAAGUGGUGCAUUUCCGUGUUUUAAAAUCGUGUGUGCUCUUUAUUUCUGGUGAUCAGAACGUGCGAUUUGCAGGCUCUUUGUGGGCCCCGGGAUCGGGACUUCCGGCCGGAGGUCAAUUGCGUGACACAGGUCCAAGUUUUGCGUCGCGAGUGCUGGUGAGCUGAAUUUUUGCAACUUAGGCUUCCAAAAUGCCAGUGAGUUUUCAGAAUCCAGGAAGGAAGCGUCAAAGUAAAAAGUCAAAAAUAUUAUACCAAUAAUUAUGCUGUAGACAGCAGAGCGUUGGUAAUGCGAAUGGCAGCGAGAAAAAUCCAGUGAAGUUAAAUUCAUACGAAAAAUUUAUCAAAAAAAAGAGGCUCAAUACUUCUGGGAACAAAAAAAUAAAAAUUCUACCACGUGUGCGGUGAUUGAAAGUUUUUCGCCACAUCCAUCGUCGUGUGUCCCUCAGCGCGUUGAUUUGUGCACAAACGGGGCUUUUCUCGAACGUUUGUCAGUGUAUUUGUGUGCGUAGGAGUGUAAGUGUCUGCUAGUUCGAGGUCGAAUCCGUAAAUGUGAAAGAGGAGAAAAGUGGUUUGGUUGCAUCAGCGGAAAAUCCCGAGAAAAUUUUUGCCUGUUCCACUUGGGAGGGUUCUUUCCGCCGUUACAUUUGAUCGGUCGGUUAGUGAAGAUAUAAAAAAAGAAGGCGCAAGAGAAGGGGGAUGAGAAAACCUUUCUGCACUCCCAAACUUUCUCCUUUGACAACGACGACGCCGGAAAGCUAAUGCGCCAAAAAAUAAUACCGAAAAGAAUAUCCCGAAAGUGACAAAACAACAAGUGAGGGGGUGGUUAAAGGGAAAAUACGACACAAUAGCUGGCCCACACUAGCAGCAAGAAUAGUAACAACAAAAUUUCCAGAGCAGGGAGUGAGCAACAGGAAGAAGCAGGUCUGGUUGGAGUUGAAACAGGAAGGCAAAGGGCUACGAAAAUACUGCCAGUCCUAGCCAGCCAGCCAGCCAGUCAACCGCUUUUGAGCCAAGCUGUUCCUAGAAGCUUCGGCUCACCCACAAUCCCACCCACUUACUCGUCCUGCUGCCUGUGGUGGAAGUUUUCCCAUUUCUGUUGCUGUUGCUGCAAGACAACUCGGCACUGCACUCCUGCAGACCAUCAGGAGGAGCACAGUGUCAGAGACGCCAGGCCGUACACCCGACGACUCUGGAUGGGCGAACAAAAAAGGAUUUAAAUCGUCAGAAUAAUAAAAAAAUACGGAUUAUCUCAUCAAACAAGAGUCCGUCCAACUGAGACAGCCGGCAAAGAAGAACACUAACAAGUUCCAGAGCACGAAAAAAACAAACGGCAAAUAAAAGAUCCACCCGCAGAGCAACAAGAAAAAAGCAACAGCCAAAAGUUUAGCAUCGAAAUCUACAUAAAUUGACCACCAAAAGCAACAUAAACACCCACCCAACAGCUUAUCUCUGGCAGAGGGAGAAAACGCCAAAAAAACUAACUGUGAAAAAUCGACUUGACUUUUGCUUCGAUUGUGUGGUGACCUAUCUGACGACUUAGCUGUCCAACUUCCCGCAAACAAAAAUAGUAAGAGGGAUUAGCUAAAUACCCCAAAACCACUACAAUUUUCUACCGGCCGGGCGCGAGCAAGUAAUGAAACAGAUCAAUGUCUCCGUCGUGGGGCUUUCCGGUGUCGAAAAGGAUAAGGGCCAGCUGGGCGCGGGCAAAUCCUGCCUGUGCAAUCGGUUCGUGAGACCGCGGACCGACGAUUACGCCAUCGAUCACAUCUCGGUGCUGAGUCAGUCGGACUUCAGCGGUCGAGUUGUCAACAAUGAUCAUUUCCUGUACUGGGGCGAGGUGCGCAAAACAUCCGACGAGGGAGUCGACUACAACUUCAGUCUGGUGGAGCAAACCGAAUUCGUCGAUGAUGCCACCUUUCAGCCGUUCAAGGUGGGCAAGAUGGAACCGUACACCAAACGGUGUUCGGCCAUCCGAAUCAAUUCGCAGGAAAAGUUGAAAUAUAUCUGCAAAAAUCAGCUCGGUAUUGAGCACGAGUACGAAGAGAUUGUGCUGCAGGAAGGGCGAUUUCUAGUCGAUGGAUUCGUUUGCGUCUUCGACGUGAGUGUAGUACCGAAUCGAACGGUUGAGAAGCAGGUUGAGUUCGUUACGCAGAUAAUCAAUAACGUUUUGAAGAACAAGAAGCCCGUUGUACUGGUGACUACUAAAAAUGACGACGCAAACGAACUAUACGUUCGUGAGGCGGAGAAAAUCGUUGCUCGGAAGGAGUACAAAGGUCAGAUUGCGAUGGUGGAAACAUCAGCGCAUGAAGGCAUCAACGUUGACCAGGCGUUCAUAGUUUUGGCACAAAUGAUCGACAAAGUUAAGCAGCGGUCGAAGGUCAUUUCGUACGCUGAGGCAGCUAAGCAGCGAACUGAUCUACUUAAUGCCAGCUCAGAUUACGUCACCCACUUGAUACGAACGCAGAUUACGGACCACAGGUCAAUUUGGAGCAGUUCCUCAAAGAAGUUGAGCAACCACAAGGAAUGGUUGGAUUUCUUGGAUCUCUUCGGCCAAGAAGCCGGUCAGCGGCUUUUCAGGCGACAUAUCAAGAAACUCCGGGAGGACUACCAGGCCAAGAAGCUUCAAAGUUACAUGGAUUCGUUUGCCUGCGUUUUGCAGGAAAUUUUACCCGACAUGAAUAGUCUCACGUUGGAGUUGGAUUCCUACGGAGAUUGGCAAUCAAUUCGAGGAUAUUUUCGGAAUCAUGUGGAAUAUGAGCAGUACUUUUUCGAUGCUGUUGAACGCGGUGGAAGCUGGGCAGAAUUGAGUGAUAUGAGUGACAUGGAGGACGAGAAUCGAAUACCUUUCGAUAUUCUAGAGACACCCGAAGCAGAAACCGUUUUCAAAAAUCACAUGAACGCGCUGCAACAGGAGCAAAAACGAUUAGAAUGGAAGAAGCAGUUCAAGAAGUUGCUGGAAGAAACUGGCUACGUAACGCCCGGUAAACAACUUGCCGAAGUUCGUGUACUGUUCAUGGGGCGGGAGUGUUUCGAAGCGCUUUCGGAACACGACUGUCAGCAGAUAUACGAUAACCAUCAGCGAGAACUCAUCGAGAAGGCCAAACAUAAUUUUCAGGAGCUGCUGAUGGAGCACGCCGAUUUGUUCUAUCACUUCAAGAACAUCGAACCCUCGGGCACGAUCACCCAGAAUGACAUCAAGGAAAUCACAGACGUACUUCAAGAUGACCUACGCUAUAAACUGCUUGAUCGGUUGGAUCAAGAUCGAAAGUUAAUGCUGUUCCAACAUCUGGGAUUCGUGCAUUGUCCAAUUCGAGAGCACUGUCCCGCUUUCCCGAACUGCAUGGACGCACUGAUCGAGCGAAUACUUAUAGCCAAUCAGUCGCUGCCAAACCCAAGGUUUGCACAAAAAGAUGGUCAACUGCAGUUAAACCUGAUAGUUAUCGGACUGGAUUACAUAGCCAACGAAUUCAUCGAUAAAGUACAUCAGCAUUGUAACGACAACGGCGAGUACAUCGUGGACAACCAGGUUUAUGGAUUGAACAUAGAAACUAUCAAUAGGGAUAACGACUCGUUCCAGUUCGAGCUAGCUUCUAAGGGGCUGAUCUGCUGUUACUCGAAUAGGCAAACGUUUACCUACAUCUACGAAAUACUGGAGCGGCUUAUGGUUGAUAACUUGGAUUUCAAAGACAGUGUCAACAACUUACACAUUGUAUUUAUGAGUGAUGAUAAAAAUAGCGAAACCACGUUGCAGCAGUUACAGAGUGACGGGCAAUCGUUGGCAGAGAGGCUACACUGUGUUUUCAUAGAUGAGAAUGAAUUUUACGCAUCGGGCCAGGAGACGCGAUUUGUAGACACCACAUUAAACAGUGUUAUUGACUCGAUUCCGUUUGAGGAGUUGAAGUACGGUAUGAAUCUUGCAGACAUUCCAGAUCUGAGGGUCAUCAUGUGCAUCUUCUGCGGUGAUCCCUAUUCCAGUGAAAACAUUCUCAGCUCGAUGAUGAUUGAACAGUGUUGUAUAAACGCUGGUGAACGGAAUAUCAUCUUCGAAAUGUUUUUAGGAGAUUCUAAAAGACGGGUAGAACUUAUACUAUCUUCCUAUCACGGAGCUAAUGCAUUUAGAGAUGAUCUCGUGCAUGGAUUUAUUUUAUUGUAUUCCAGCAAACGAAAGGCUUCUCUAUCUACUUUAAGUGCUUUUUCGCUGAACAUUCCAAAUCUGCCGAUGCAAAUUGUAGCUGUAUCAGAACAAGGAGGGGUCAAUGCAUUCUUCAACAACGAAAUGUCACAGAAACUUAUCACCGAAGGUAAUGCCGUUGCGGAUAAACUUCGAGCACACUUUGCUACGGCUUCGGAUGAUGAUAAUCAGUUCAAAUUUACAUCGUUUGCUCCUUUCUUGAAAGAGGUUUGGGACAAGAAACCGGAGAUAGAACAUGCUUUCAAUAUGGAGGAACCACUCACCAUCGACUCCGGAGAAGGAACUAUGGAACAUUCCAUGCACCAUCAUCAUCAACAAGCUCCUCAACCACCUCCACGGUAUGAGAGCUACUUGAUCAACGGAUCCGCAACGACAUAUCGCGGACAUCAGCAUCCUCACCAACAGCAGAAAAUGCUAUUUGACAACCGAUCUAUAAAUUCGCUAGACGAUUUGGAUAACCUGAAGCAACACCAACAACAAUACUCCAAUAUGUACUAUUAUGAAGAUAGCAGUGAUUUUGACAAAGGUGGCAGCAACCAGGGCUUCCAGAUCUAUCCACCUCCAACUACACCCCCAGAGCCAGCACCGCCAGAUCAUCUUCUAACACCAUCGUCAAUUUUGAGACAAUUGAAGGCGAACACUGUAUCCCAGUCGCAGAGUAGUCUGGAAGAAAUUAAUUCCGAUGUCAGUGGAUCCAAGGACUCGAUCAACACUUAUGACUCAGGUUGGUUGGACGAUGGUUUCCUCAUCCCAAAGCAUGACAACAAAACUAACGAGGACAUGUGGAAAAACAUGAAUGCCCAUCACGCUUUCACAACCGGUCGGAGGCCUAACCAGAGCUCGUUCGCUAAAAAGAUACGACCAAAAGGGCCUAGCCAAACGUUGAAACAGCCGGGCAAACUGAACCUCAAAAGCUUUGCCAUCGUGAAUGAAGCUAUUGCCCGGAUGAAUCUAGGCCAGGAUGGUCAGGUGAGCUUGGGAAUGGGUGGAGGUGGUCAACCCAUGACGGAGAAGGAGAAGAAGAGAGCGAAGAAGUUGCUACAACAGCAGUUGGAGAAUGCUCCUCUGGCGGCACCCGAAGACGAUAGCGAAGACUAUGAAGAUGAAGCGGGCUACGAACAGAUCAAUGAUGCUUUCAGCGAUGCAGUUAACAAUGUGGCAAGUCAAUUAUUCACCACCUUUGGAGGCGGUGGGCAGCGUGGUGUACCUAUGGAUCAACAGGGGCUUGAUGCUAGUGGUAAGAACAAGCUGAGACAACGAAGGGACAAAGAGCAAACAGUAUUUAACAUUCAAGAGUACUCUGAUUCGGAGAGCGAUUCCAGUUCGCUGGAAAGAAAACGCUCUACCGACGGUUACUCAAAAAUUAACCGGAAGCCGAAGGGACACACGAGGCACCGAAAAAAGCGAACAGCCAUUCCAGUGCAACCACCGAAAAUUCCUUCGGGACCUUUCGGUGUUGGUAGUGGAGGAGGAAUGGGUCCUGCGGACGGUAUGGGACCGCAAAUGAUGAGUGGUGGUCCACUUGGAUCGGCUCUCGGGAUGCCAAUGAUGUAUCAGAAGCUGAAAAAUGAGAAAAACAUUGGUCUGGACAAGGACAAGCAAGAAGAUGAAUCCAGCAUUGAUGUAUCCUCUCCGAGGGACAAUAGUUCACCAAUCUUUGGUGUGCUUCCUAAAACGGGCGACCGAGAGAAACUCAUCACUAAACAGAAAAAUUGGUUUGGAAAAGAAAUCGACAGUAGCAAGAGCAGUUCCAAAGACUCGAAAGAUUCUGACUCGAAGAAGACGAGCAGUCGUAACAAGAGCAAUAAAAAUGCUCCACCAGUGCCGCAGCAACCGUCACUGGCUAGCUUCAAGCAAGCCGAUGGUAAUCUGGUUCCACUGUUUGUGGAGAAAUGUGUCAAAUUCAUCGAGCAGGAAGGACUGGAUUCUGAAGGGAUCUAUCGAGUGCCUGGAAAUCGUACACACGUGGAUCUACUCUAUCAAAAGUUUGACGAAGAAGUUGAUGUGGACAUCGAGAAACUAGACAUUCCAGUGAACGCCGUAGCAACUGCGCUGAAAGAUUUCUUUGCUAAAAAAUUGCCACCGCUGUUCAGUCCGGACAGCAUGUCUGAGCUGGAAGAGAUAGCCGGAUCCCGACCGCUGCAGUCCAUCAGUAGCCUCAGUAUGGAGGUCAAAACCGACCGGAGUUGUCGGUUGAUCGCGUUGAGGUCUCUGCUCGGAAAACUACCACCGAGUAACUUUGCGAUUCUGAGCUUUAUUUUCCAACACUUCGUUAGGGUAUCCGAAAACUCCAAGCUCAACAGCAUGGACAGCAAAAAUUUAGCGAUCUGCUGGUGGCCUACAUUGCUUCCAAUCGAAUUUACCGACAUGAUGCGCUUCGAAACGAUGCGGCCCUACCUAGAGGACAUUGUGCAGACAAUGAUCGAUCAGUUCCCGUUUCUGUUCUGUGGGGAGGAAGCCUUCGUGAUGGUCUGAUGUAGCGCUACCGGUGGCGGCGAUGAGAAUCGCUAGGAAAGCGUAGAGGUUACUUGUUGAUUAAUUUUUAGUUUGCGCUUUCGGUCUUUUCAUUUUUCAACGAAACUUUCGGCAAAUGUGUGAUGUCUCCAUUGAUCGAUGUAACAUUACGUGUAGGUCAUUAGAAUGCUAAGUUACAAAUAGUAUUUUCUCUUAGAUAGGAAUUUUUGAAGAAAAAACAAACGCUAAAAAUGAAACGUGUUGUCUAAUUUAGUAUGCUUAUGUGCAGCCGUGUAUUUAUGCCAUAGUGUAAUGCUUUAAGCGAUCAAGAGAUAAACGCAGAAAAAUCGCUCGUGCUUAUAUUUUGCCUCUGAUUUGUGAUGAAUUGGUAAAAAUCGAUAAGAAUCGAGCCCAAGAUGUUUUAAUUUUUUUAAAUAGUUUUAAAAAAUUAAAGCCUAUUCUAUUUCAGACUUCAGGAAGAAAAAGAUACAAAAAAUUAACGUUUGUCAGAAGUCACGAAACCAACAUUUUGGAAUGUGUUAAUGAUUUCGAACAAGUGGAAGUGAAAAACAGAAAACAGAAACUCUACAAACAGAUUCACCAAUAUUUUAACUAAUUUUUCAGAGUAUUUACGAAAUCUGAAAACGAAACAAUGGCAGAACAUAUUUGUAUAUUUACCUGUAUGUAUAUUUUAAGACAUAAUCUAGUGCAUUGUUCUAAGUGGCGAUAGAGAAGUCGAUUGUGAACACAAUAUGAUUUACGCAGAGAUAAGCGAAAGCUGUAACAAAUAUGUGGUGAUACUGUGUAGAUUACGAAUGUGGAAUAUAUAUUUUUUGCGCCCAUAGGCUUGUAGUUCUUCUCGAAAAUAGGAGGAUAUUAUCGAUAAAACCACCCAUUUAAAUUGUUCCAUCUCGAACUUAAACCAAUCGAAUUGGGAACUCGAACGAAGAAAAAGUUUCUUAUAGUGCCAGGCAGUUCCAGGGUUCAAAAAUGGGCAGUUCCACAGAACUUAUCUCUAAAUUGAUGGCUAUUUUUUUAUUUCAAACUUAGGCAGGCACAUUUCCAAACACAAUUUAGCUUGAGUUCAAUGUUCAAGUAAGGUACACCGGGGUAAGUGGGGACGCGGGGUAAGUGGGGACGGUGGCUAUUAAAACAAUACUGUGUACUAUUUUUUCAAACUUUUAAUGCAGAAUGUUAAAUUUACUUGUAAUCUAUCCAAUAACUAUAAAAGAGUUACGGUUCCGACAAUUGCGGAUGUUUACGGUGACUUUUUGUAAAUUUUCUAUUUUUAACUACGAUGUGGAGUUGAUGUACAUCUUUUUCAAUCGCAAAUUUCUCGUAAACUAGCUGGCUCUUGACGAAAAACUCUACAUUGAAACAAUCCUUACAUUCGAAACAACCAGUUAGGAAAAGAAACGACGGUUAAAAAUUGAGAAAAAAGGGUUUAUUUGCAAAAAUCUAAAAUUUUGUCUCCAAACCCUACCUGGGGUAAGUGGGGACGGCUUUAUAAAACUUGAUGUUUACACAUUUUUUUCAAUUUUCUCUCCUUCAUUCAAUACAAUUUAGCUUUAUUUAGCAUUUAGAUAAAGAAAAAUUGGAAAAAGUACUUGUUUUUUCUAAAAUAAGUAUAUAUUUUCAAUAGUAUCGGAUUACAUACAAUAAUUAUUGAAAGAUGCCUUAUUAAUAGUACCAUGAACUUUUUUCGAAAUUUCGUACGGUUCGAGCAAUAAAGUAACGCAUUCAACCAAAAAAACACAAAUUUGUUGAAAAUUUCAUGAGAAAUCAAAGGGAAAAUCUACCGUCCCCACUUACCCCAUAAAGCGGGGCAAGUGAAGACACCAGCAGGCCAUAACAAUUUACGUGAGAACUUUUUUCGCUUUGCUUCUAUCAAGCUCAUCUCUUCAGCAUUUGUGAAAAACAUGUUCAGCAUCAUAUUGAACUCAAUUUUAUCAAAAUUGACCCACUGCUGAUUUUUUAAUGAUUUUUUAAAGUUGAACUAUAUGAAAACCCGUCCCCACUUACCCCGGUGUACCUUAUAGAAAAAUAAAUAGGUCUUGAAUCUUCACAAUAACACCAAAAACAAAAUCAAUAGAUAGCAAAAAAUGUCCUACAAUACCCUGGAAUCCUUACAUUGAAGAACCUCAUUAACCAGAGACUAACGAAACGUGCCAUCCUGAAUUAGACUUUUUUCAAGAAUAAAAUUUUAACGAAACUAUUAACCACCCGUCUUAAAUUUCUCGAAGUUUUAUUCGAAGUUUGUUUUCUCGACAGAGCUAUGAAGUCAUUACGAACUUUCGUCCCAACGAAUCUUGAAUAUCUGAAGGAUUAAGAAACUGAUUGAUUUCUGUACCCCUACUACUUACUAAAAAUUUUAUUUUUCCCAAUGUAUUGUGAACGUUCUCUGGUCCAAACAAGCAUAUUAUGAAAAGCAAAGUGUUUCUAAGACACUCUAAAGAGUGAAUAGAGAGGAUCGCGGAAAUCCUAUUACAAGAACGAAGUGAGAGAAUCAUACGCUUUAAAAGUACGUCUAUUGUUUUAUUGUGUUGUUUUAAUUUUAUGUUUCGUCAUGGCUCAUUUAUUAUUUUUAGAACGAAAACGUAAAUAGUCUUUAUUUUAAAAUGCGAUCGAACUUUAAAAUAGGAUACUUGCGAGGAGAAAAACUGUAAGGAUCGUUCUACUAGAUAGAAAUAGAGUACCCAAUGCAAAAAACGCUUCUUAAAAGCUAAACAUAUGUGCAUAGUUGUUAGAGUCUACACAAUUUAUGACACUGAUCAUAAGCUAAUUGUAUUCAAUUACUUGAGUGAGCGACGGUUGGAAUACCAAGUUCGAACACGGACAAGGAAACAGAACAAAAUCACAAUGAUAAACUGUGUUGCGUAAUUGUAUGAGUAAGUGUAAUAUAAAAUGUAUCAAUGCUUUUCAGUUUUCAGCAUAAACGUGUCGUAUUGAUAUUGAUAUGAUUUGCACUAAUUGGAACUUAUUUUUUUCUCUGGCCUUCUAAAUGCAGCAUUGGCGAUACGCCUCAAUUAUACUUGAGUUGUUACAUUGAAACUUUAUUGACAAUUAAACUCGUAAAUGAUAAAAGAGAAAAUACAGCGAGUUCUAACAUUUUUUCAAAUACUCAAAAAGGAUUUUGGUUUAGAAACUGUUCAUGUACCAUAGGGCGAUAACUUCAAACCGUUGCUGUUCAUCCUGUUGUGACACUUUUUUUAUCACAUUUAGCACUCAUGAAUUGUAUUCAGUUCUCAAUCACUCGGAAAUAAUAAUGUUCUGUACCUUAUCGGCGUAUCCUUUACCGGAUGACUUGAGCAAACAUGUGCACAUCUUCUUACACAAAAACAACUUAAAAAAAGCAUUCGUCGUCGACGAAACAUUUGGAGAAAGCUACUUUGCGAUUUGGUUACUAUUGUGAUUGUGAAUGAAACUUAACCCAUCUUUAAACCGGAAACAAAGUAAAGAUCGAGAUCAAAUCAGUGAAAUAUGGCACAUCCAUGUUAGGCAGCGGAAUCAAAAGGACGAAUCUCACUGUGAAAAAGAAGCUCUAAAAGCGGUACACGUUGAGAGCUUCUUCCAAUGAUAACGCGUUGGAAAGCUUUAUACGGUAAUCUUUAAGGACACCCAUCGUGAAAGCCGCGAUUUUAAGGCAAUGAUUGAUCACUGCAUGAUUCACCGCGAAGAUGAGAAUAGGAUUCCCAAGAAUAGUCGUCUCAAAUUGUCUCGCGCACAUACACUAGUAGAUAUCUAGGCGAUUGAAAAAACACAAAUACUAUUAAAACAUGAUAAACCAAAACAAGUUGUAAAUUCGUGUCUUGAUGAAACCAAAAUCUUAAGAACAAAUAAUGGAUAAGGAUAUAAAACGCCAAAAGAUAACUUAAAAACAGUAAUACUCGUUGUUUUGUCCCUUCCUCUGCAUUUUUGUAAGCGAUCGGCUAGUUGUUCCAUUUUAAAAGAAAUGUAAAAACGCUGUUUAGAUAAAUACUCCAUUUGUCCUUCCUCGAAAUCAAAUUACAAAAAUCUACUCCCAGAAUCAAUAAUUUUCCUUUCCAUUGUGCGUUACGCAUAACAUCUGAAAACCUAGAAGAAAAAAGAUACAAAAAAACGAACUAAAUGUUGUUACACUCUGUAUCCUAGUAUAAAAGACUCUAUGAAAAAAAACUUAAGAACAUAUUGAUGUGACACUACGCAUUUUAAGUUCGUUUUCCAAUAACCUCGAUUCCCAAUGCUCGAUUGCUUCCCGUCGUAGGAUCCGAACGAACGAUACUAUUGUUAGCCGGAUGAGUACAUAUACAAGGCAGAACAUUUCUCAAUUACCUACCUACCUACUCAGCAAAUACAACUGAAGUCCCACAAGUGAGAACUUUAGAUAGUAAACCGAAAACGAUACAAAUAAAAGCCAAGAAAGUUCUAGGAAAAUAAAACGAAUGUUAGACAGAAAACCUUCCUUCCCCAAGUAUAAUAGAAUCAAUCCAAGAUGCUUUCGUUUCGUUUAAGCACUGAAGACCCCUGCACAUCACUGCAAGUAUAGUAUUACAUCAGCUCAUCAAAAAAAAUGCGCUCUUAUGCUACAGUCACCAUUCAAACGGAAAAUUAACUCCAAAGAGGUUGGACGGUUGGAUUAGAGGUUUGAAAUAGAUGUCUGAAGGAUCCUUCUCCAAUUGAUAAGAAAACUGAGGUUGAAAAACUUCAAAAUUUCAGUGAAUGUGAACAUGAAUGUAAUAUGGUGUGAGCAUUACAAGCAUCGAGUCACACAAGCAUAUACUCGUCACAAAUUGGAAUAAUUACUACCAAAAGCUCCUACUAGAAAGAAAGAAAACAACAAAUAAGACUCGUCCCUCUUAACACUUGCAUGUAAACGGUGAUUGUCAGUCACGUUUAAGAAAAAUAGCCGCAUAACAAACAGAAAACAAAAAAAAAUCAAGUCAGAACAAACCCCGCAGUAAAUGAUCGAACGAGGAAAGGGAGAUGAGAGGGAACGAAAAUGAUUCUUCUUUGUCCUUGCUAGCUUUUUGUAAGAAGUUUUUAACAAAACAAAUGGAAAAAAUCGAAAAAAAAGUCAUGAAAAAAACUAGUAUUGAAUGUGUCAAAACAAAACCAAGAUUGAAACAUAAUGGAUAAUACAACAAAAACAACUGGUGGAAAAUUGUUUAAAUAUAUGAAUAAAAUUA